CGUACGAUAGUAACCAGUAGUGAGCAGCAACGAUGAAGCUAGAACGUGUUUGGAUCGCUUUUCUGGUGAUCGUUCCCCUGUGUGUCCUGUGUGAGCCCGUGGUCCGCGAUUGGUGGCAAAAGGCGGCCUUCUAUCAGAUAUAUCCGCGAUCGUUUAAGGAUAGCGAUGGUGAUGGAAUCGGUGAUCUAAAUGGGAUUACCUCGAAGCUGCCAUACCUAAAGUCGAUCGGUGUGAAAGCGUUUUGGCUCUCACCCGUUUACAAAUCGCCGAUGGUGGACUUUGGUUACGAUAUAUCCGACUUUCGAGAAAUACAAGAGGAGUACGGUACGAUGGCCGAUUUCGAGCGAUUAGUAGAGAGUGCCAGGCUGCUGGGUUUGAAGGUGAUCAUGGAUUUUGUGCCAAACCAUUCGAGUAAUCUGCACGAUUGGUUCAUUAAAUCGGAGAACAAGGUGGCCGGUUAUGAGGACUACUACGUCUGGGAGGAUGGUAAGCCGAAUCCGGCCGGUGGGCGAAAUCUACCACCCAACAAUUGGAUUCAAGCAUUCCGAGGAAGUGCGUGGCAAUGGAGUGACACAAGGAACCAGUACUAUCUGCAUCAGUUUACUGUCGAGCAGCCAGAUCUUAACUAUCGCAAUCCAAGGGUGGUGCAGGAGAUGAAAGAUAUCCUUACAUUCUGGCUGGAUAAAGGGGUCGAUGGGUUUCGAAUCGAUGCCGUUCCAACGCUGUACGAAGAUACUCAGCUACGGGAUGAGCCAGCGAGUGGUCUGACGGAAGACACGGAGGAUACAAACUAUCUGCUCCAUAUCUACACCCAAGAUUUACCCGAAACCGUCGAGAUGGUGUACGAAUGGCGAGAGUUGGUGGAUGCGUAUCAACGGGAGCAUGGUGGGGACACGAGAGUCAUCAUGACGGAAGCGUACUCUUCGUUAGAAAUCAUCCAAACCUACUAUCAAAGCGCGAGUGGUCGCUUGGGAUCGCACAUGCCGUUCAAUUUCCGCAUCAUCACCGAACUGAACGAACAAUCGAAACCUUCGGAUUACGUGAAGGUGGUUCAGGAUUGGAUGAGCAUCGUCCCGGCUGGCAAUGUCCCUAAUUGGGUGAUGGGAAAUCAUGAUCGUCCUCGGGUUGGUACUCGGAUGGGAGUGAAUCGUAUCGAUGCGUUAAACAUGAUAUUGCUCAGCUUAUCGGGGGCUAGUGUUACGUAUCAGGGAGAAGAGAUUGGAAUGACGGAUGGCGUUAUCUCGUGGGAGGAUACUGUGGAUCCUGCGGCAUGCAACGCCGGGAAGGAUCUGUAUGCCGAAAAAUCACGUGACCCUUGUCGAACACCGUUUCAAUGGGACACUUCUUCGAUGGCAGGAUUUUCAACGGCACAGCGCACAUGGCUUCCAGUCGGUCCACUGUACAUGGAAGUGAACGUGCAGGUUCAGGAAGCGGCCGAGAAAAGUCAUCUGAAGGUGUACAGAGCGAUGAUGGAACUGAGGAAAACAAAAACCUACCAACUCGGAACUGUAAAAGCUGUCGCAUUAAGCGAUACCGUGUUGGCCGUGGUACGAGAGUUGCAGUACCAUAAUACCUACAUUACUCUGACCAAUCUGGGCGAUAAUAUAGAGGUGGUCAAUGCGGUCGCACUUGCCCAAACUCUCCCGAGUACGCUCCGUUUCGAAGCGGUCAGCGUGGGAUCGCACAACAUUCGCGGAGGAACGGUGGCCACGAAGGAUAUUGUGCUGCUGCCCAAUGAAGCGUUCGUACUGAAAGGAUACCUUGCACCGGUAGAGAAAUUGUAUUCUUCCAUUUGCGAUCUCUGGCUUGGUUAAAUAAAAAUUUACCCACGUGUUUCCACGAGUUUGCCGUUGAACGAUAA